AUGGUAUUCGAAGUAAUUUAUUAUUAUUUAAAGUCAGUCUCCUGGGAAAUAAUAUUGUCGUUAGUGAGUUUAAUUUGCAAUGGAAAAAUUAUUAUGAAAGAAAUGCUUUUUCGAUAUUCAUUCAUGAUUAUUUCCAUCUCGUUAUAUCACAAUAUUUGGCUGAUAGAUAAUUGUUGGCGAUUUGUAACCCACUUAAGCGGCAAGCCAUUUUUGAUCAAUCAUCAACUCUUAGCACUUGCAGUAGCUCGCCAGUUUAAUUGUCAAUCAUCAUUACAGAAGAAAUUUGUUCAAUUUGGUGGUCUACGAGGUUUACAAAAUAUGUUGUGUAGUCAUGUGCAUCGUACAAUGCUUCAAAUCUUGAAAUCGGGUUUCAAUCAUCAUGUGGAGAAAGAUUUAUUCUUAGAACAAAUUUAUGUAUGUGGAACACUACAUGGUUUCGUUGAAUUUUUCCGAUUGGAAUAUAUCAAGACCAUUAUGAGCUGGCAGUUGGAAAGUGGUUGCUUUACAUCUAAUCAUAGUGACAAAGAUGUAACAGAUCUCAGCAAUUCACAGACAGAAGUGAGCAUUCUAUUGGAAAAUCGUCCAGAAACAAAGUUACCGGAUGGUUGUUACCAACAUAUGUCUGCUUUAGCGACAAGCAAUAUUGCGGCCUACAUUAGAUGGUCAUCGUCGAAAUCUCGUCGCGAAGUAAAAACUACACCUACUCCUCACCCUGAAUCUAAGUCUUUACCUUUUAGUGUAAUGAUCGCAAUCAUUAGCGUUGGAGCAGUUAUAGCUUGUAUCUUAGUAAUUGGAAUCGGCUACUAUGCAUAUCUAAAGAGUCCAGGGCGAAGUGGUUACUUAAGGAUAAAAUUAGAAGAUGAUAAAAUGAAAUAA